CCCUCUCCAUCUCGUGCAUACUCGCCGCUUCCUCCACCCUCUCUCUCUCUCUCGCUCUCUCUCUCGCUGGCAGUCUGCGUGCUGUAGCCCCGCUGUGCAGUCCUCUCCAACCGUCUGUUGUAGCACCAAAGGGAGGAGGAGCCACCGGCACACGCACAGAUACUCACACAGACAAGCGCACUCCGACAUCCCCGCUGCACACUCACCGUAAGCACCAGUCAGCCAAGCCAGGCCCAUUUGGAGCAGGGGAGCCCAGCCGUCUUAUAACCCAAGAUGGAUGUACUGAUGAAGGGGUUCUCCAUGGCCAAGGAGGGAGUGGUGGCCGCCGCAGAGAAAACCAAAGCCGGCAUGGAGGAGGCGGCAGCCAAGACCAAGGAAGGGGUGAUGUAUGUAGGCAGUAAGACAAAGGAGGGAGUUGAGUCUUCAGUAAACAAAGUGGCCAACAGGACCGUGGAUCAGGCCAACAUCGUGGCAGACGCAACGGCUGCCGGGGCCAACGAGGUGUCACAGGCAAACGUGGAGGGCGUCGAGAACGUCGGCGCGUCGACCGGGCUGAUCAACCAGGAGGAGCCCGUGUACCAGGGAGAAUACGGGGGGAUGGAGCAGGGUGGCGAAGGAGGAGAGGGGUAUUAGUCGUCUCCAGGACCUCCCCUCCCGUCGUCUCCGGCCCCCCCCCCCCCCCACCCACCCGCCCCCGUCGCCUCGCAGACUCCAGAUGUUCAACAUAUUUUUUUGUGACUUUACGGAACCAAAACCAACUCAAACAGACUCUUCCAGAUGCCGCGCCUCAGCUCCCAGCCGCCCGGUGCCCCUCCACCUCGACGCCCCCCGGUGCCCCCCACCCCGCUGCCCCCUCUGAUCUCCUGCAGCCUGUAGCUUUGUCCCCCACUGCCCGUCCUACCCUCGCCUCACCUGUGUGUUAGUGUUGUCCUGAUAUGAACCCCGAAGCCGUUACUGCCCCACGCCUACCAACUGAUAGUGAAAACCUUACACACAAACACAAACACACACACACACACACACACACACACACACACACAAAAAGAGACACACCUUCAUAAAGCACAUGCAUGAAUCACAUGCAUACAGUAAAUGCCAGCACAGAAGCACACACUGGACACACGAGUGGUAAUUAGAUUGUGGUUUGCGUAAAGACAACAAUGCCUCUGCAGUCCACAACAGUAUCUGACUGUGUGACUGAGUCGGGGCGUGAGCUGCUGUUUGUGUGCCUGUGUGUGUACGUAGCUUCUAUAUGUGUGCAUGUGCAGCGGGUGGCAUAUGAUACAAGAUCCAGAGGCGUGUGCAGGGAAAACGUGUGCUGGCGGCAGAUCUGACUCUGUUCCGCGCGCCGUAGUUAGUUAGCGACAGUAGACUGCAUGAACCGACGCGUGCGACGACUUGUCGUGUGUUGAAACUGUAGAGUAGCAGCCGUUCUGUGUGGCUUUGUGUGGCUUCAGUGUGCGUUUUUUUCUCCUCGACAUGCAGAAACGGGGUUAUUGCAAGUGUCAUCAACCCCAAAAAGGUGUUUGUUCUAACUUUGGCGGAAAACGAUGUGUUCAUGGUACGUCAAAAAAACCCAAAAACGACGACUUCUAUUUAAACUCACGGAACAUUAUUUCAAAUCCUUGUGGAGAUCCCAAAGUUUCCAAAAUAUGCCAGGGUGAAUUCUGGGGGAAAAAUGUGUAGAAAACUAUGGGGGGAUUAGAACAGUGUUUGGUUUGACAGUUUUCUUCAGUCUAAACAUCAAAUAGCUUCAGUGAAGAGUGAGGACCGACUCAACUUGACCUGAAGAGGAAAUUAAAAGAAAUAGUAGGGUUAGAAAGGUGUUUUAAGGGGGGGGGGGUGAGCAGCUGAACACCUUUUAUCAUGUCGUUGCUUUCGCUGUUUGUGAAACUGUCUUGCAUGCCAUUGAGGAACAGCGAGCGGGCUGCACACUAGUCACUGAUUCAGGUUUCUGUGACGAGAAGCGCGUAUUCAGCGAGGGAAUCGGUUCACUGUGCGAGAGCAGUCUGAGGGUUUGGGUUUCAUUGUGGAUCAGCUUUAUGUGUAGCUCUGUGUACAGCUUGAAUUCUGGGAUAUGUAGUUGAUUUUUAGGGGAAUUUUCAUUUCAAACUAACCAGUUCCCGUUCAUUGACUAUGUCAGUGUCAUGCCACCUUUCACUGCUCGUCUGCCCGGCGUCAGUGUGUGUCGGUGUGCACUGUAUGUGUGUGCAUAUAUGUGUGUGUUAACAUAGAACGGUUUCAGCCAGCAAUGUGUGUGUGUGUGUGUGUGUGUGUGUAUGUGUGUGUGUGUGUGUGUGCGUUUGUUUCUGAAGUAGGUUUGUGUGUUUUACUUUGAGGCCAAUGGAAACUAAUGACUGCAUGUUGCCUUAUUAAGCAAUCUGACAUUCACACACAUACAAAGACCAUGCACUACACCACACUUACACUAACACGCGCACACACGAAGCAACACACAAUCCCACCUCAACCACGCAAACACAAAUCACACACCAUGUUUAAGUUGGCAAUCAAAGCAGACUCGCUGAUUUUAUAAACAGUACCGGUGAAAUUAAAAUGGUUUUGUUGAAAUCCAA